AUGGGUCUCACUUUCUCCAAGUUGUUCGACCGGCUAUGGGGCCGCAAGGAGAUGCGUAUUCUGAUGGUCGGUCUCGAUGCCGCCGGUAAAACCACCAUCCUGUAUAAGCUCAAGCUGGGUGAAAUCGUCACCACCAUCCCCACGAUUGGUUUCAACGUCGAGACCGUCGAAUACAAGAACAUUCAGUUCACCGUCUGGGACGUCGGUGGUCAGGACAAGAUCCGUCCUCUCUGGAGACACUACUUCCAGAACACUCAGGGUAUCAUUUUCGUUGUCGACAGCAAUGACCGUGACCGUAUCGUCGAGGCCCGUGAGGAGUUGCAGCGCAUGUUGAACGAGGAUGAACUCCGUGAUGCCCUUCUCCUGGUGUUCGCCAACAAGCAAGAUUUGCCGAACGCCAUGAGCCCUGCCGAGAUCACUCAGCAGCUUGGUCUGCAGAGCCUCACCCGCCGCCCCUGGUACAUCCAAUCCACCUGCGCCACGACUGGUGACGGUCUGUACGAGGGUCUGGAGUGGCUUGCUGAGACGCUGCGGAAAACGAACCGCGACUAA